GAGGGGCGGAGAGUAUUUAGACUUCAGACCUUUGAACCUGCAGCACUAGACAAACUCAAGCGCUGGUCAACAUGCGUCUCCGGUCAGUCUUUUAUGUCCUCUUGAGUCUUUACUGUUGUCAUUCGGCUACAGUGUUCAUGGGAAGGGACGGGGCUCAUGAGGUAUUGAUCCGGGCCAAGCGGGCAAACUCGGGCUGGUUCGAGGAGAUGAAGAUGGGUAAUCUGGAGAGGGAGUGUCUGGAGGAGAAGUGUUCGUAUGAGGAGGCGCGGGAGGUGUUCGAACACACGGAGGCCACUGAUGAGUUCUGGAAGAUCUACAAUGUUAAAGAUCAUUGCAAAUCAAAUCCAUGUGAGAAUAACGGGCUCUGCAUGAGCCAGAACGCAGAAUCCUACACGUGUCUGUGUGUGCCGGGCUUCAGCGGACGCAACUGUGAGCGCGCGAUUAAAGACGUUCCUGACUCCUGCCUGCACGAUAACGGCCGCUGCGAGCACUUCUGCGUGGAGGAGGACGGUCAGCGCAACUGUUCCUGUGUAGAUGGAUAUUUCUUAGGGUCAGAUGGCCAGAACUGCCUGACAAAUGAGGCUUUUCCGUGUGGGAAGGUUCCACUUCUUCAGGGUGGAAGAGCUGCUACCAACCUUCAGGAGGAUCCGAGGUCUCGUAUCGUCGGUGGAGCCGAAUGUCCUAAAGGUCACUGUCCGUGGCAGGUGCUGCUGAAGUACAGCGACAAGGGCUUCUGUGGAGGUGUGAUCUAUAAACCCACCUGGAUCCUCACAGCCGCGCACUGCUUAGAAAAUAUCAAAGUCAAGUUUCUCAAGAUAGUCGCAGGUGAGCAUGACAUCGAGGUGGAUGAAGGCACAGAACAGGUCAUCCAGGUGGAGGAGAUGCUUAUGCACCCCAGCUAUGUGUCCACGACCGCAGACAGCGACAUCGCACUGCUGCGUCUGAGCAAGCCCAUCGUCUACAGCACGUACGCCGUUCCCGUUUGCCUGCCUCUGCGCGACAUGGCCGAGCGCGUGCUGUGGGCCGUCAGCAAGCACACGGUGAGCGGCUGGGGCAAACGCAGCGAGGACGGACCCACCUCACGCUUAUUGCGCCGGCUGCGUGUGCCGCGCAUCCGCACGCAGGAGUGUGUCGAGAGCAGCAACGUGGUGCUCACCAGCAACAUGUUCUGUGCCGGAUACAUCGAGGGAAAGGAGGACUCGUGUAAAGGGGACAGCGGUGGGCCGCUGGUGACCCGCUACAGGAACACCACGUUCCUACUGGGGAUCGUGAGCUGGGGGAGAGGCUGCGCCCGUCCGGGAUCCUACGGCAUCUACACGCGUGUCUCCAACUACCUGCAAUGGAUCCACGAACAUACGGCGAAUUCCACACAAAUUAAUUAAAGAUUCUGCUCUAUUUAUGUCUGAUUUCUUCUGUGUUUGGCAUUUUUAUCCUCUCAAUGGUUUGGCCGUCAUUAACUCAUUCACAAAUAAACAAUUCAGUAGAAUGAAAA